AUGACCAAUCUAACACCUAUCCAACAAAAUCAGUUUGAAUUCCCAUUCGCUAAAAGGUGGUCUUCGCUUGGAAUGAAUUAUGAAAAUUGUCCCCACUUCAGUAUAACGCAGUACCGCAAUCUUAUUGAUCACUUGGCGCAAGAAGAUUUCAUUUGGCGGCCGUAUCUUGGUCUAGAAGCAUUUCAUCAAGUUGAACGACAAGAUUCUGCGGUGUGGAGUGCAAAGGUGCCCAUUAUCAACUUCACCACCGUCAAAAUGCACAACAGUGAUCGUGUGAAACUUCAAUUUGGAAUGCUUCAAGAUAUUCCAUGUCCCCCAAAGUGCAUACCCGACAAAUAUCACAACGGUAAAGUCUCCGACCAAUGGGAAUAUAAUCCGUGGACCAAGUAUGCAAAACACGAGUGUCGUGAAUGGAGGCAUCGCAACAACUAUGUUUUGUCCGACAAUGUGUUUCCAUACGAGAUGAAACAAUCUAUACAAUACAUGACUUGGUAUAAGUCUGUAUCAAUUGGUUUCAUUUCACAUCCAAGGUAUCUUAAUGACCCACGCCAACAAGAUUCAUCAUCAAGGCCCCAACAACCAACCCAGCCCUAUUUCCAACCGCCAACCCAACCUCAAUGCCAACCAUCAACCCAAUACUAUUUCCAACCGCCAACCCAACCCCAUUUCCAACCCCCACUCACAAUCACAGCCAUAUGA